UGUUUCACAGAAACCAUCUUAGGAAUAAAGGUCUAUAAUUCAGAUCACUAGCCCUGAGCCUGUAGGACACGAUUUCAAUGAAGGUACGAUGUUUUGUGGUUGGAAUGGUGGUUAAAGGUUAACGUUCAUUUUGGGGUGACUAGUCUAGGUUCUUUAUUGAUAAUGACACAGUAGACCAGCUAAUCCAAUAUUUUCAUCAAGUCAUAAGGUCUAUAAAUUCAGAUCACUAGCCCUAAGCCUGCAGGACACGAUUUCAAUUUGGGGAGAUGAAGCAAAAGGUGGUACUCGGUGUCUCCCUUAGUUACAAGAAGUCGUGGCCUUGUUUUCUUUUCGGCGAGCUCACUUGCCCUUCCAAAGCUAUGAAGAUUGUAUCCGGUUUCCAUGGUGUUGAAUCUGUAACAUGGAAAGAUGACAAGAGUAAACUUGAGGUUACUGGUGAGAUUGAUCCGGUUUGCCUGACAAGGAAGCUGAGGAAGAAAAUUGGACCUAUAACAAUAAUAAGCGUGGAAGAAAAGAAAGAAGAAAAGAAGGAAGAAAAGAAAGAAGAAAAGAAGGAAGAAAAGAAGAUUGAAUACAUUGGCACUCAAUGGGUUCCAUGUCCGCUGGUCUAUGACAAUUACAACCCUGACCCCUGCACCAUCUUAUAAAAAUCCCAUUGAAAUGAACUAGUCUACAUAGCUGGAGCAAAGGAAUGCUUGAGAAUGGAGAUUUUCUCUACCAAAGAGAAAACCAAAGCAUGUAAGAAACCGUUGCUUAGUCCUGUGCUUUAUUGGCUGGUGUAUUUACUUAAUAAGGAUGUAGUAAACAAAAAUUUUGAACUACAAAUGAUAUUAAGGAGCAUAAUAUGCAUAUUGAGUUUAAA